GACUUCCAUAAGCCAUUAGAAAACUCCUUAUCCAUACAUUCAGCUGCUGUUAACUUCUUGAAAAGAGACUUAACUACAAACAUAUAACACUUCAUUUUGAAUUUCUCGGUAAGAAUUAAGAGAAGCACCUUCAUUGUUUUGCACCUCUCAAAUCAGAUUUCUUCUCUUCUUUGCUGCCAAAAUCCUAUGAAAAACAAUUAGAAUUCUUGUCCUCCACUACAUAAAUACACAUCAGUUCAUCUUUGAUUGCUGCAGAACUCCUCGGGUCGCUCGUCUCAGUCUGUAUCAACACACUCCUCCUCUGUUUGCACCGCCGCACUGCUCCGUUCGUGCACGACAAUACCAGCUCCAGAUAAAUAAUGUUGUAGUGUUUCAGGCUGAGCUUGGAUUGUGAAAGAAAGCGAAAAUGGUCGGAGCUUUGGUGUACGGAGAAGCAAAACUCUUCUCAUCCUUUCUAGGAGUUGGUGCUAACCAUUUCCUUCGCUCUCGGCUGCCUGUUCAUCAACUCUUUAAUCCAGGAAGCAAACAUGUCUCCAUGCAAUUAUCCAGGGCGCUUUCUGGUUUGACCAACCUCUUCUUCAGUAGAAGAAAUUUGGAUGAGAUGCAAAAUACGAAACGUAAACGCCUAAGACCUGGAAAAAUUUCUCCUCGUCUACCUGUUCCAGACAAUAUAACAAGGCCUCCUUAUGUCAAAUCUAAACGACCACCUGGAAUUGCAAGUGGACCUGAGGUGCACGAUGAGAAGGGUAUAGAGUGUAUGAGAGCUUCUGGGAGGCUUGCAGCCCAAGUUCUAGAAUAUGCAGGGACAUUAGUCAAGCCAGGUAUUAUGACUGAUGAUAUUGACAAGGCUGUUCAUCAAAUGAUAAUUGAUAAUGGAGCCUAUCCCUCACCUCUGGGCUAUGGCGGCUUUCCAAAGAGUGUAUGCACUUCAGUGAAUGAAUGCAUUUGCCAUGGAAUACCAGAUUCCCGAGCUCUUGAGGAUGGUGAUAUUAUCAAUAUAGAUGUUACCGUCUAUCUAAAUGGGUACCAUGGUGAUACUUCAGCAACUUUCUUCUGUGGAAAUGUUGAUGAUGAAGCCAGAAAACUUGUCCAGGUGACUAAAGAGUGCUUAGAUAAAGCAAUAUCCAUCUGUGCACCAGGAGUGGAGUUCAAGAAAAUUGGCAAAAUAAUUCAUGACCAUGCAGAUAAGCAUCGAUAUGGUGUAGUUCAACAGUUUGUUGGCCACGGUGUUGGACGUGUGUUUCAUGCUGAUCCAGUUGUUCUUCACUUCAGGAACAAUGAUGCUGGGCGCAUGGUGUUGAAUCAAACAUUUACAAUUGAGCCAAUGCUAACCAUUGGUAGCAUAAAUCCUGUCAUGUGGAAUGAUAACUGGACCGUGGUAACAGAAGAUGGGAGCCUGUCAGCACAGUUUGAACACACCAUCUUAAUAACCAAUGAUGGAGCUGAGAUAUUAACACGGUGUUAAACAACAGUGAAUCUCAUGGUAAUACUUUGAUAUUUCAAUGAGGGGUAAAAAAAUAUUCCCCCAAGCCUUAGAUUUAUCACUUCCAAAUGUACGUAUCAAAAGCCUUGGAGGCACCAUUAAUUUUGCCAUUGUUAUCGUUAGAUACGUUAUUCAUUGUAGGCCAGCGAUUCUCAGUGUCCCUCCCGCAUUAAGAAAUUUUUUAAAGUUUUUUCAUGGGACAAAUAGUUGUACAAUGUAUUGAGUAUCAAAGUUUGUUUGCUUCAACUUGGUAUUUUCUCAUUGGACAAGGAUUGCCUUGACCUGAUAUUUGUCCUGAUGAUGGUUCUGCCCAUAAAAGGGAGGGA